UUUUUUUCGUUCUGUUUUGCGUCACUGUUUUGUUGCUUGUUUGUGUAUUGUUGUUUUGAUUAAUAAUCUGCUACAGCAGAGCUCAUAAUGUAAUGAAAGUUAGGCGUUUACAUGUGCAACGGCAUUUCUUGCUUAUAAAUUACGCAUUUGUGAUCACGUAAUUCAACAUCUUUCGGUAGUUUGCUUCGAAACAGAAUCAUGGAAGCUUUCUCACCAUACUUUCUUUCUCUACUUGUACUUCUUCUUCCUCUCUCGAUCUAUCUCCUAUUGUUUAUUCGUAAAACGGGCAUCACCGAAUCGAGAAAAACCCUUCCUCCAGGCUCAAACGGUUGGCCGAUGCUCGGAGAAAAUAUGGCGUUCGCCUUCUCGGGCCCACACAAAUUCGUCGAAGACAGAAUGCGGAAGUACUCGCCGCACGUAUUUCGAACAUCCUUAUUGGGUGAGAAGAACAUAUCGAUAUUUUGCGGUGCACAAGGCAACAAGUUCAUCUACACGAACGAGCAAAAACUCCUCACCUCAUGGUGGCCACAAUCGAUGAAGAAGGCCUUGCUCUUCUCCGAAUCGGUACAAAGCAACACAAAUAUUGGAAUAUCCGCACUAAAACGUAGCCUCCACCGUGAAAUCUUCAAGCCGGAGGCAUUUAAACGAUAUAUUCCGGCGAUGGAUGCCCUAGCUCGAGACCAUCUCGACCACCAUUGGAUUCCCAAUUCGACGGUGGAGAUCUUCCACAUGUCGAAAAAGUACACGUUCGAGCUAGCGUGUAGAUUGUUUAUGAGUGUGGUCGAUCCGGUGCAAAUAAAUAAGCUCUCUGAUCCAUUCACUUUCGUGACUGACGGGAUGCUAUCCAUGCCCGUAAAUUUACCCGGAACGGCUUAUAACCACGCUAUCGAAAAGGGCGAAACGGUAAAAAGGGAAGUGGUGAAUAUCGUCACAAAGAGGAGAAACGAGCUUAUGAUGAACAAGGAAACGGAGGGUCGAGAUCUUCUGUCGACGAUGCUACUCGCAACGGAUGAAGAUGGCCGGUUUCUGAGCGAAACAGAGGUUUCUAACAUUAUCAUCGGUUAUCUAGCGGCUAGCUUCUUAACGACGAGCUCUGCGGUCAGCGUCGUAAUGAAUUACCUUGCGGAACUUCCACACGUUUACGAAAAGGUUUUGAAAGAACAAACGGAGAUUGCAAAAUCGAAAAAACCCGACGAGCUAUUAACUUGGGAAGACAUCGAAAAGAUGAAGUAUUCUUGGAACGUAGCGUGCGAAUCUUUCCGAUUAAUGCCCCCCGCUCAAGGGGCAUUUAGGGAAACCACAAAAGAAUUCACCUAUGCUGGUUUCACCAUUCCUAAAGGAUCAAAGAUACUUUGGACGGUUCAUUCGACGCACAAGAAUCCGGAAUACUUUCCGGAACCGGAAAAGUUUGAUCCGACGAGGUUUGAAGGGAGCGGGCCCGCUCCCUACACGUAUGUUCCGUUUGGAGGGGGGCCGCGAAUGUGCCCCGGAGUAGAAUACGCAAGGCUAGAAGUGUUGGUUUUCGUGCACAACGUUGUAACAAGAUUCAAACUCGAAAAGGCAAUCCCAAAUGAGAAGGUUGUGAUCCAUGCUUCAGCUAUACCUGCUCAUGGAUUACCUGUUCAUCUCCAUCCACGUGAUAAAUAAAUUAAGCACGUGUUUUAUUCUGUUCUCUGUCACUGUUUUUUAUACACACGUGCACAUUUGUUGUUAUUGCCAUCAGAUGUAUGUGCACAUGGCAUGUUAGCCGGUAUUAAGAAAUGUACUCAUAUCCAAAUAGUUUGUUACAGUAGAGAAAUAAUGUUUAGUUAAUCAA